ACACACUUGAUAAUGGCAUGCCAGGUGUUAUGUCUUCUAUGGGGGUAUCCAUGGGCGGACACCCGCCACCAGACAUCAAACCAGACAUAUCCUCACUGACAUCACCCACGCAUGGAGGCUACUAUGGGUUUGGUCCCAUUGGGAUUCCUGGUAUGGCCACCUCGACCCAUCACUCACCAGGACCACAGCAGAUGCACUCGCCAACCUCCUCUAUGGGCUCACCGUCCAUGACAUGCUUGAGUCCAGUAGGGCCAAGCUCUUCUCCUGGGCUACCUCAUUCUUCAAGCACAAAGAACAGCUGCGCCAUCUGUGGUGAUCGUGCCUCGGGGAAGCAUUAUGGGGUACAUAGUUGUGAGGGUUGCAAGGGGUUCUUCAAACGCACGGUGCGUAAAGAUCUAACAUAUGCAUGCCGGGAUGAGAGAAGUUGUUUGAUUGAUAAGCGCCAACGGAACCGCUGCCAGUAUUGUCGCUACAUGAAGUGCCUGUCAAUGGGCAUGAAGAGAGAAGCUGUUCAGGAGGAGAGGCAGCAGGCCAGGGAGAAGGACGGCGAAGUGGGGAGUACCAGUAUCAAUGAUAUGCCAGCUAGUCAGAUACUGGAGGCUGAACUUGCAGUGGACCCUGAUGACAGCUUUGUGGACGUACAGAGAGACAAUAUGGACAACAUUCAUGAAGCAUCAAAGAAGCAGUUGUUUACAUUAGUCAAUUGGGCCAAGCGUAUACCUCAUUUCACAGACCUUUCCCUAGAUGACCAGGUCAUUCUUCUACGAGCUGGAUGGAAUGAGCUUCUCAUAGCUGGCUUCUCUCACCGAUCAAUCACGGCUAAAGAUGGUGUCAUCCUUGCAUCCGGCCUCCAGAUUCAACGGGACAGUGCUCUGCAGGCAGGAGUUGGUAAUAUCUUUGAUCGGGUGCUCUCAGAACUCGUAGACAAAAUGAGAGAGAUGAAAGUGGACAAGACUGAACUUGGUUGCUUGAGGGCAAUUAUACUUUUUAAUCCAUCUGCCAAAGGGCUAACGGCUGUCCACGAGGUCGAUGUGUUACGUGAAAAGGUCUCUGCGUCACUUGAGGAGUACACAAAAGAAAAAUAUCCUUUGGAUAUUUGCCGGCUGCCUAAGCUGCUGCUGCGACUUCCCGCUCUCCGUUCAAUUGGACUGAAAUGCCUGGAACAUUUGUUUUUCUUCAAACUGAUUGGCACCCGACCAAUUGACUCUUAUCUUUUGGAGGUGCUGGAGAAUACUAGUUCACAGCCAUA